AUGGCUGCUCGUUUUAUGGAAUUACAGUCCAUUUUAUUACUGAUGAUUACAAGUUACAGUCAGUCAAUCACAUUAAAUUUCUUACCAUCGAAUGCGAAGCAUAUAUGUGUACAUAUUGCCCAGCUGUUUUUCAAAGUGCUACGUUUCUAUAAUAUUGAAAACAAAAUUCAAGGUGUGACAACUGACAACACAGAAUCCAAUUUUACUUUCACGUCUCAUUCAAGCACUCUUAUUCCAAGUUUUCACGCAAAAAAUAAUCACUUUUUAUGCUUCGCACAUAUCCUAAAGUUAGGAGCUAAAGAUCUAAUGAACUUGCUUACCGAUAGUUUAAUUAAUAACGAUAUUUAUGACAACCCUAACGACCAGGAUAGUGAAUAUGAAGAAGAGUCAGAAUUUGAGGAAGCCGAAAGUGAAAUUGAAGAAGUAAUUAAAGAGCAUCAGACAAUUGGCGAAGAAGCUUCAAAAAUCUAA